CUCUGUAUUUGCAAGGCAGGCAUGAGGUAAGUGAGUGCACAUGCAAAUAGAGAGAAUCUGACAACCCUUUCUAUCUCUACAAAGCAUCUAAUCUGAAUACUGACAUGAAAGUAUCUAAUAGGGCUACCUGUGUGCAUUUGUACUUAUAAAGGCACAACAGAAGAGUGGCAACAAUUUAAGUCUUUUCAGCUUCAUUUUCAGAGGGCUACUAUAGAAAAAGGUUUUCUAUUUUUUGAGAUAAAUGACUGUCCUCCAAAUGGUAAGGUUUCUAACCACAUGUAAUUGAUCUAAGGAUAAGCAUGUUGAAUAUGUUUUAUUUCUUAUCCUAAAACAACUUCAAGGAAAAUUGCACUUAUUGCCUAUCAUCUGAUUACUUACAUAAACGCACUUUGACAUUAGGGGAGAGUGGGCUAAGUUGAGCCACCCCCUGUUGCUUGGCAAUGCUAAAAGAAAUUGAUCAUGUGACCAAAUAUUUAGGAGAUGGGCAUCAAUUCAUGGAGCCUGUGAAGGUUAGAAGCAGAUGGGUCAAGGGGUUAGACAUUUAUUUAGACCAGUCUUUUUUUUGGUAUGAUAUAUUAUCAAGACAGUUAUGUUUACACUCAUUCUGUUGGUUUGUAGGGAUGCAAAACAUCUUGAAAUAUAUGCAGAUACACUAGUUAGAAACAAAACUAUGAUUGCCUUGAUGUAGUGAUCUGAAUUAAGAAAAAUGGCUCAUCUUACCCCACUCUCCCCUACUUCUAGUCAUUUCAGCUAGACGUGUAAGAAGACGCUUGACAUGAAAAGAUUUGGGAAAGCUGAUUUUAAGAUUGAUUUCACAAAGUUAUAGGUACUUAGAGCCUUAAAUGGGUCAUUAAUGCUUUGAAAAUAAAUAUAGUAAUCGGGCUGAGGCCCCGUUCCAUGUAAUUUAAAAGUAAGCAUUAAAUGUGUAGCAACUAUUACAAAAAAAGGAGUAUAAAAUGUCAGUGGUGUCUGUUUCAGGUCAAUCUGCAGAAAGGUUGACUGGAGGUGCUCAGGUUCUCCUUUUCCUCAAAUCUCUGGAGUCAGUGAAGUCAAGUGGCUCUAGACAGAGUGUAUUUCCGGUCUUUUAUUUCAUAAUAAAAUAUCAGCUAGAACACUAGUUCACAUGAAGAUUUUUACAGCUGUCUAUUUUUUACUUGUGUUUUAAGUUGAAUUGUACAAGGUUAGUUUGGAUAAUUCACCAGGACUGAGCUACACUUUUUAAUUCAUGUAACAUUAAUGCUUUUAUUUUGAAGGAAGCAGGCGUCUUUCCCGACACUCUUCUGUCGUGUUUCGUCUAUCUUCAUAAAAGUUCAGUCUGUUAAAUCUGGUUUGAGACUUUACGAGUCACUCUGUGUUUGUGUUGGGUCGUGUACGGAUCGCUGCAGGUCCAGGGGAUCUUCACGGGAUUUCCACAUGAUUGAAUGGGCUCAGUGAGGGAUACUCGCCACUCGGGGGGAAAUGUUGGGAUUUUUCGCGGGAUGAGAGCCACCAAGGGCCGUGCGCGCUUGGGAUAGCCAGGGCGCCGGUGGUGCGCACCCACCGGGAGCGGCGGCGGAGGUGGUGGUGGGUUGCUGCAGGAGGACAGGCUCACAGUCGUGUCGGACCCUCCUGAUGUUAAAGCAGGUGACCUAAGUGAUGAAUGGCACGAAAGGAUCAAGAUGAUCACGGCGUUUUUCCCCUUGAAGAAACUUCGGCGAAACGGCAAAUAUCUGCUGUUCGUGGCGAUUCUGCUGGUCGGACUUUUUGCCGUGUACCAUGAGAUGGUCACUGCAAAAGCAUGGAGCAGUGUCUCUGGUGAGUUUGUAUAUCCAGUUUGGGCACUGCGACAACAGGUCUUACUUGAUAAGUGUUGGCAUUUUAAGAGGUAGUUUGAAAGAAAUGAAGGCCGCAGUUUUUACCUGGAGGCUGAUUGACAGUGCUUAUCAGGAAAGGUGUUCAACAGGAACUUGAAGAAGCGUAAUGCUAGAAACAUCCAAGGCAGUCAAUAGUUGAAAUAUUUAUUUGUAAAACCACAACUAAGGAUUACAAAAGUAGAUGAAAAUGUAUCAGUCUGCUCCUUGUGUUUUACCUUUUUUUUAAUUCAUCUUGUUUUUGAGUAGGAGAAGUGGUAAAGUUUUUCCACUUUAUUUACUUUUUCAUCUUGAUGUGAGGAGUCACACACCCCAAAAGAGCACUUUUUACAGAAUAUCUUAGAAUUAAGUGCUGUUCCAUUAAACAUAUUAACCACCAAGCUUAAUCUUUAUCCCUCUUGAAGAGAAUCAGUAAAUUUAUAGCACUGUGUUCAAACUUUGAGAGUCUGCAUCUCAUCACAAAUUCAUCAUUGUUGUAAUAAAGUAUGUUAGUCUUAAUGUAACGGUGACUGUGAUACAAAGUUCAUAUUAAGUGUAAUUAUCAGUAAGCGUUAACAGGUGUAGUCUACGCCUUUAUUAUGAUGAUUCAUAUUUUGCUGCAGGACAGAAAGAUUCCGAAGAUCUUUUGUACCAACAGCCAUUAGAAUUUAUAACUCUUGUGUAAAUAGCUUCCCUUGUGUCCAAUCUUUUUGCUGUGGCUGCAAGCCGGUUGGGUGACUUUGCCAGCCGAUGGCACGAUGGGUUGAGGCUUUUACAAACAAAUUGUGUUCCUCCACCACCAACCUUUUUCAACCCACAGCUUUGAACGCCGCAUGUGUUUUCACAGCCUCUUGGGAAUAAAACAAAUGCAUCCUUGUGUUAAGUACAUAAUUUCAGACCUGCACCCGUCAAGGGCUAGACCAGUUACCUUGCACUACCCUGUGUCCUACAUCCCUCCUCACAUUUUAUGCUCCUCCAUCCAACCCUCCUCUCAUGGGCCUACUGAUCAAUUUCUGGAGUUGUGGUGGCUGUGCAUAAAUGUGAUGUGUCUGAAUGUCAGAAUACCUAUGUCCCAAAGUACGUAUGUAGCAGCACUGUGGAUAGGUGGAGUAAUCAGACAAUAGCCUUGAAUAGCUAGUCCACUUAAAGCUUUUCUGUCUAUCUAAAGAUGGAGCUCCCUUUUAGCCUUGAGAGUACAGGAGUGUUUGUCUUUAUUUUUUAAAUGUUUGACUUAUUUUCAGUGUCGUGCUUGUGAUAUAUGUCCUGUUAUCAGAAUGGAUCCAACAAAUUGCAUAACUGGAAUGUGUUUGUUUUAAAGCAGCUUAAAGGACACGAAUUGGGGUCUUGGAAACACACGUAAAAACAGUUUAAUAUUAGUCUUAAUGUAAAGUUCAAAGUACAUGUAUGAAAACGUGCAGCUGUGGCUCAGAUUUAGGCUGUCAAGGAUGGUACUCCAUAGAAAAAAAUGGGAACCCAGUUUAUUGGAGUCAACAGUACCUGGGGAGGCAGAAAUAGAGAAAGGUGGCAAAUUUACAACAGAGCUGUGUUGAGUUCAUCUUUUUUUCUUUUGAAAGAGUCACUGCUUGUGCUGCCCUGACGGAAGGAUAUAAUAAACAAUACCUAAAACUUGACUGCAGUGGUCCAAAUCUGUUCCCCUCACUCUCACUGCCAUGCACCAAUUGCAUUUGUUCUUUGUGUAUAAAUGAAACAUGCUAAAGACAAAUAUUCACUGUAAUCAGGUGGAUUGAAGCCAAGUACAGCAAGAGCAAAAAGUGACUAUUUGGACAUUAAGGAAUCAGUUAAAACCAACUUUAUUGCGCAUUUUACUGUGAUAUUGAGAUUUGAAACUUAAUGAGGUAACUUUAAGAUUAUUUUGCAAUGCUAUAUUACAUCUCUUUUUUUGUUAAGUUGGAGAGCUCCAUGUACACUUUCUGUGCUUCUACACAUAAUUAAUACAAGAAUACUUGCAACCGAUAACAAAUUAGUCAAAAAAGCAUUAAAAUUAUGUUGGAAUUGUGCAAAACCAUUUUGUUGAGCUUUGGCAGGAUGCACUACUUACCAAUUAUAGUACCUGUUAGAUCCGUUGUGCCUGCAGUUGAUGAGCGGUCAGAGUCUUCUUUCUCCAAGGACAAACAGGAUCUAAUCUGAUCCUCCAGCUCUCUCACAAGGCCACUAGUGUCAGCUUACAGACCUGGUAUCGCUCUAAAAGCUGCUUGUUCAUUGCAGGUGAUCAUAAUGAAAGAAAAGAACAAUCCCAUCAUUUAUUCACCACUACCGAAUCAUGUUUGACCAGCAUUAGUGGUUUGUAAUUUUCUCAGACUAGAUAAGCCUUUUAAGUGUUCUGUAAAGGACAGCUCCUAACAGGCCUUACCUGGGAGGGUCUGUUUUCUUACAGGGCAGUAGAAGCAAUGCUUUGCUUGCUUCAACAGUGAGCCUGCUAUGAACACAAGAUCUAAAACAGAUGAUUUAACUUCAGCAUUUUAUCGAUACUCAGGACUUUAAUCAGGUGGGCAUUCAAUACAUGGUAUUCAAAAGUCAUUUCCUUUCCUUUUCAGUUCCUUUGUGGACCAUCUGCUUACUGAAUUAAUUUUUCAUCUCUAGAUAUCAGCCAUGAUAUUUGCUUCAAAUACCACUUAACCUAUGAUUGAAAUUUGUAUGAAGGUUACUAUUUAAGCACUCUCAGCUCAAUGUCUAGCGCUUCCAGUCUAUGUAACGUGCACCCUGGCCAAGACAUCUCAUGUAAAUUGGAGAUGUGUACUAAUGCAUUGUGAUUGGGGCUCUGUAUUUGCAAGGCAGGCAUGAGGUAAGUGAGUGCACAUGCAAAUAGAGAGAAUCUGACAACCCUUUCUAUCUCUACAAAGCAUCUAAUCUGAAUACUGACAUGAAAGUAUCUAAUAGGGCUACCUGUGUGCAUUUGUACUUAUAAAGGCACAACAGAAGAGUGGCAACAAUUUAAGUCUUUUCAGCUUCAUUUUCAGAGGGCUACUAUAGAAAAAGGUUUUCUAUUUUUUGAGAUAAAUGACUGUCCUCCAAAUGGUAAGGUUUCUAACCACAUGUAAUUGAUCUAAGGAUAAGCAUGUUGAAUAUGUUUUAUUUCUUAUCCUAAAACAACUUCAAGGAAAAUUGCACUUAUUGCCUAUCAUCUGAUUACUUACAUAAACGCACUUUGACAUUAGGGGAGAGUGGGCUAAGUUGAGCCACCCCCUGUUGCUUGGCAAUGCUAAAAGAAAUUGAUCAUGUGACCAAAUAUUUAGGAGAUGGGCAUCAAUUCAUGGAGUCUGUGAAGGUUAGAAGCAGAUGGGUCAAGGGGUUAGACAUUUAUUUAGACCAGUCUUUUUUUUGGUAUGAUAUAUUAUCAAGACAGUUAUGUUUACACUCAUUCUGUUGGUUUGUAGGGAUGCAAAACAUCUUGAAAUAUUUGCAGAUACACUAGUUAGAAACAAAACUAUGAUUGCCUUGAUGUAGUGAUCUGAAUUAAGAAAAAUGGCUCAUCUUACCCCUCUCUCCCCUACUUCUAGUCAUUUCAGCUAGACGUGUAAGAAGACGCUUGACAUGAAAAGAUUUGGGAAAGCUGAUUUUAAGAUUGAUUUCACAAAGUUAUAGGUACUUAGAGCCUUAAAUGGGUCAUUAAUGCUUUGAAAAUAAAUAUAGUAAUCGGGCUGAGGCCCCGUUCCAUGUAAUUUAAAAGUAAGCAUUAAAUGUGUAGCAACUAUUACAAAAAAAGGAGUAUAAAAUGUCAGUGGUGUCUGUUUCAGGUCAAUCUGCAGAAAGGUUGACUGGAGGUGCUCAGGUUCUCCUUUUCCUCAAAUCUCUGGAGUCAGUGAAGUCAAGUGGCUCUAGACAGAGUGUAUUUCCGGUCUUUUAUUUCAUAAUAAAAUAUCAGCUAGAACACUAGUUCACAUGAAGAUUUUUACAGCUGUCUAUUUUUUACUUGUGUUUUAAGUUGAAUUGUACAAGGUUAGUUUGGAUAAUUCACCAGGACUGAGCUACACUUUUUAAUUCAUGUAACAUUAAUGCUUUUAUUUUGAAGGAAGCAGGCGUCUUUCCCGACACUCUUCUGUCGUGUUUCGUCUAUCUUCAUAAAAGUUCAGUCUGUUAAAUCUGGUUUGAGACUUCACGAGUCACUCUGUGUUUGUGUUGGGUCGUGUACGGAUCGCUGCAGGUCCAGGGGAUCUUCACGGGAUUUCCACAUGAUUGAAUGGGCUCAGUGAGGGAUACUCGCCACUCGGGGGGAAAUGUUGGGAUUUUUCGCGGGAUGAGAGCCACCAAGGGCCGUGCGCGCUUGGGAUAGCCAGGGCGCCGGUGGUGCGCACCCACCGGGAGCGGCGGCGGAGGUGGUGGUGGGUUGCUGCAGGAGGACAGGCUCACAGUCGUGUCGGACCCUCCUGAUGUUAAAGCAGGUGACCUAAGUGAUGAAUGGCACGAAAGGAUCAAGAUGAUCACGGCGUUUUUCCCCUUGAAGAAACUUCGGCGAAACGGCAAAUAUCUGCUGUUCGGGGCGAUUCUGCUGGUCGGACUUUUUGCCGUGUACCAUGAGAUGGUCGCUGCAAAAGCAUGGAGCAGUGUCUCUGGUGAGUUUGUAUAUCCAGUUUGGGCACUGCGACAACAGGUCUUACUUGAUAAGUGUUGGCAUUUUAAGAGGUAGUUUGAAAGAAAUGAAGGCCGCAGUUUUUACCUGGAGGCUGAUUGACAGUGCUUAUCAGGAAAGGUGUUCAACAGGAACUUGAAUAAGCGUAAUGCUAGAAACAUCCAAGGCAGGCAAUAGUUGAAAUAUUUAUUUGUAAAACCACAACUAAGGAUUACAAAAGUAGAUGAAAAUGUAUCAGUCUGCUCCUUGUGUUUUACCUUUUUUUAAUUCAUCUUGUUUUUGAGUAGGAGAAGAAGUAGUAAAGUUUUUCCACUUUAUUUACUUUUUCAUCUUGAUGUGAGGAGUCACACACCUCAAAAGAGCACUUUUUACAGAAUAUCUUAGAAUAAGGUGCUGCUCCAUUAAACAUAUUAACCACCAAGCUUAAUCUUUAUCCCUCUUGAAGAGAAUCAGCAAAUUUAUAGCACUGUGUUCAAACUUUGAGAGUCUGCAUCUCAUCACAAAUUCAUCAUUGUUGUAAUGAAGUAUGUUAGUCUUAAUGUAACGGUGACUGUGAUACAAAGUUCAUAUUAAGUGUAAUUAUCAGUAAGCGUUAACAGGUGUAGUCUACGCCUUUGUUAUGAUGAUUCAUAUUUUGCUGCAGGACAGAAAGAUUCCGAAGAUCUUUUGUACCAACAGCCAUUAGAAUUUAUAACUCUUGUGUAAAUAGUAGAUAGUUUUUAGAGACAUAUUAUGUGAGACAACAGACAAUUGAAUUUACUUUCGGGGAAAUUAUCAUAACAUUAUCAACUUAUUGAAUUAUCACAACAGAUAAGAGAUUUGCUUGCAGGAGAAACAAGGGCCAACAGCAGGUGAAACAAUAGGUCAACCUCAAGAGAUGAAGCUUUGUGUGUGUGUGUGUGUGUGUGUGUGUGUAAAGAGAGAGGGGGGAAGGGGAGGUCAGAUUGCAGGUUCACACUCUGAAGGAAGUCUCGUCUCACACUGAGUAACCAAACUUCCUGCCCUUUACCUUAUUUACACCUCAGUCUACCAUCUGCUACAUUGCUCUCACACCCAAGUAUGACAUCAGGGUGUCACCGCGCCGGUGGGAAAAGAGCAUGUUGGUGUCUAACCAAAAGAAAGAAAUAGAGACACAUGACACACACUCUCACACACACUCUCUCUCUCACACACACACAUGCUCACACACUCACACAGAACAGCGCCUGACAUGUAAACACAUGCCUCAGACCUACAUUAAAGGCCCUGCCUAUCUACACAUUCCUGUGCUGCAGCCCCCUUGUCACAGUGGGACUUCUUACAAAGAAAGAGCCCUGCAUAGUCAUUAAACAGCUGAAUUUACAGGUAUUUACUUAAACCAAACAGACCUUGAAAUAUCUUGUCAGUAGUAUUAAUUUAUGGGGUCACGUGGUGAAAAGAGAAUACAGAUUACAGGUGCCACAUAGAGGUUUUCCCAGAUAACUUGAGCAGAUAUACAAAACAGGUGUAGCUCAUUUCCAUGAUUUAUAGCUUUUACGGGCAAAUUUCCAUGUAUAUUUGCAACAGAUGAUGGUCCAAGUAAAAUUACUGACUGAUUUUGCCUAAAACUCGAUGAAGGGAUGUAACAUAUUCCAAGAAAUAAACUGAUACAAUUUUGAAAUUGGAUUUGGCUUAAACUAGAGAGAAAGAAAUUAGUAUUUUAUCACAGAUAUUAUAAUACUUUAGAUAUAUCUAUUAAAAGCUUACAUGGUUUAACAUAAUUUUACAAAAUUAAACACAAGGAACUGUAAUAGAUAGUUUUAAUAACAUUUAAAACUUAUGUUUAAUAUGAAAUAAUGCAAAGACAACAAAUCAGAUGUUGAAACUGUAAAAAGUGAAAAGAUAGUCAUACUCAUUUAAAUUUGCGGCAUCGUUCUGUAAAUGUUAAAAAGCUGAGGAGACCUGUUUAUGUGGUUUGGAAAGUGAGAGUUUGUCAGUUUAGCACCUGGUAGGGUUUCAGCUGUCUUUAUUGUUGCCAGUCUUGGUAUUUUUUUAAUACUUGGGGAUGUUUUAGCUGACCAUCUCACUGCAAUCAUUUACGCAGCACAGUUUGUGGUAGAUUGAAAACAGGCGAGUAACAUAGCAUCAGCAACCAUGUGGCUAAAAUAUCAGCAGUGUGGAAAUAUUUCAAACUAUAAAUUAAAAACAAUUCAACAGCCACUUGUAAUAUAUGCAACAUGGUUGUUUUUAGAGGUGAUAGCAGUAGGACUGCAUUCAAUUCCUUUAAUUAAACAGGACAUCUGAAAUCCAAACAUGCCACCCAUACUGAUGAAGAACUGAUGACAACUGAAGUGGGUUAGCUCUCUUUGAGGAGCUAGAAGUUUGAGGUUGUGUAAGCAUAAACUGCAGCUACAGCUGAUACGAUUGGCGCCCUUACGGCCUUACGACCAGACUUCUGACCCGGAAGUCAAGACAAUAAAAAGCACUUGAAUGAAAGCCACUUGAAUGAAACACUUUAGACAGCUUCAGACUGAUCCACUGCUCCUAAUUGUGACAUUGAUUGAUAUCCAGACACAAGGACAGGCAAGUUCAGUCAGUAGGCCUACCUACUGGAUGCUAUGGUAUGACUGUUUUUGCUUCAUAUUAGGUAUAGUCUAUUAUAUAGACGAAAAAGGUGUGGAACAAUGUUAUCUUGGCAAAGACAACUAUCUAAUAAGAACUCUGUAUUGACAGAUACUGGUCAUUACAAAAAAAUGAUCAGGAUCUGGGUCAAAUAAGCUGAUUGGGACUUCUCCAGGACUGGACUUCUCUACUUCAGAUCUGUGCUGCACCAAAACCCACACUUCUUAGUAUUAAUGUUUCCAUGGAAACUUGUGCAAUAUUAUAAUGGAAUGUCAGAAUUUGAUUUGUCUGAUCACAGGACAGUUUUUCACUUCACCUCAGCCCAUUGUCAGUGGUCUCCUGCCCACCGCAUUUCUGUAUCAUGUUAAUUUAUAGUUACCUCUGUCCAUGGUACAGUUUACCUGCAUCAGAAGAUGCAGCAAUUUUCAAUGUACAUUGAAAACAUGCACCACAGAGUCGUAGCUUGGAUUUAAAACAGCAACUGCUGCUAUAAGGAUUAGCCUUGAUAUAUUGGGUUGCACUAGACAAACAGCACCCCUUCAAUUUACAGUAUUUUCUGCAUAUUUACAAGUGUAGUCUGCUCUGAAGCGACACUUGUUUAUCCAGGCUUUUGGUAUUUAGUUUUUGUAGUGUGUUGUUAAGCGCCUUGGGUAUCCUGAAAGGCGCUAUAUAAAUGUAAGAUAUUAUUAUUAUUAUUAUUGUAGUUAAAGUGCAUUUUUUAUAUAUAUAUAAAUAAAAAGGAGUAUUAAAGAGGAUGCAUCCCUGUCAUUAUCAUAAAAGUACAUAAUGACUUAAUGGCUCCUGAGAGUAUCUGGCACAGGCAAUUUCAUGAAUAAAGACAAAUCUAAGUUAUUAUAUGUCAUUAUAAGACUUUUGGUUCAUUGUGGCUGAAGUAAAUCCAGGUUAUUGUAAACUGUCAAGAGUACAGUGAAAGAUCGACGCAGUUUAUCACAGGAGGAGGCUGGGCUGGGUUGGGUCUUUAAGGGAAGGCUUGUUUUUCCCACAUGUAGGUCACACAGGCACUCAAGAACAGAGAUAACGUAUGAAAUGCUCCUGUUAAUAAGUGCCUUAAUGGAGCCAUUGUUGCCGGGCAUGAAUAGGUGAUCAUUUCUACCUGGUGAUUCUCUGAAACAUUUUACUUUAGAACAAAAAGGUGGAACUCAGGUCUUCUUUUACACUGUUUGCUUUACUUUGACUGCGUAAACUCUCCAAUAAAAACUGCAUACAAGUGCCGUAGAGCUAGUUUAAGCUCCUUAUCUGAACAAAUCUUGUGUUUUGAAGUAUCUGGAAAGUAGCUGUGCUAGACCUGGAAUUAAGUAUCUAAAACAAACAGAUGUAACACAACAAAACCUCGUCUCUCUUCGUUAUUCAGAUUUUUAUGCCUUUUGUUCGGGAUGAAGGCUUUUAGAGACCUACAGCAUUGUUCUUCUAUCAUAUAGAGAAUCUGAAAAAUAAAUCAGUAAAUUUGACCAAAAAGCUGCACUGACAGUUAGUUUGAUAUUGCUAAACAUGAUGAUCUAAUGCGUCAUAAAUAACAAUUGUCUGUGGUGACCUAAAUGUGACAAAUAUGGCAACAGAGGUGUUGGCAGAAAGACUGGAUGAGUGCAGAUGAAGAUAAAAAUACUCCCCUCUUGCUUUUCUUAACCACCACUCUAGGGUUACCAGUGUCUCUAAAAUUGGUCCCCACGUCUCAAGGGUGUGUGCUUGGAGAUCUCCACCCUGGUGAUAAUAACAGACUAUGACUCCAUGAGCACCACAACCCCAAUUCACUCACUUACACCACAGACUCAUAAAACACUGAGGCCCUCUUUUAAAACGUGCCCUGCUCUAUAAUUUGAAAAAUGAGGAACGAAGUUUUGAGAAUAAUAUUUCUGCCUCUGCUCUGCUACUGCACCAGAGACGAGUGCGGUUGCAUCUCGUUAAGAUUUAGUUUAGUUAAAUCCAGUUCAUGAGCUGGGAGAGGGUGGGACAGUGAGCUUUGUUGUUCAUGCAAAUAUGAUCACAGGGAGAUUCAAUGAAGCAUUAGGCAACUUGGAUAAACAGGGAGACACUGAAUGUGAUUGAUAGCGACCUGCAUACUUUUUUUUGUCAUUUGAUCUUCAGCAAACACGAGUAUAUGUUUCUGCUUUAUCUUGAUCGAAACAAUUUUCCUAUACACCACCAAGAUGGAAAUGAAGUUACACGCUCUCUUGGCCCAAAACUCAUUUACUUUGAAUGCAAAGCCAGAACAUCAGUACAAGAAAACAAACCUGACCCACAGACAAAGAAAAUCACAAAUUCAUUCAAAUGAGAAGAAGAUACUGUGUGACUUACAGUCAUCAGCCCUGCCCUGCUCUGAUUAUGUUCUCCCUUUUCUUUGUCAGGCAUGAAUGGUGAAGCUGGCGGCAGCUGGAGGACAGCCAUGUUUGAAGAAAGGGUAAGGUUGAUGCCUGGAAAAAGAAGUGGCUGAAGAAAGAAAAAAACAGUAGCUAAAGGAAAAGAGGUAAAGUAGGAUUUAAUGUGUGUGCUUUCAGGCCAGAAAUGACCAUCAAUCAGUAUUUGAGGAGGACUCUGCUGCCUGGAGAUCCAGCUUUAUUCCACAAGUCUGGAAACCAGAGGUGUGUAUUUAAGUGUGUGUGUGGCCUGUUUUAUUUUGGUGUGUAUAUGUGUGUGUCCACAAUAUUGUAAACUCCAACACCGUCUCAACUCUCCUGAACUCUAUAUUACCUGUCCAGGCCUGCCCAAUCCCCUCCCUCCUCAGUGUGUUUACCUCAGUGUACACUACUAUAUAUUUACUGCGACGGAGCCUGCCUCUGCUGCUUCUGUUGCUCAGUGUCAGGGUCAUCAUAUUUCCUCUAUGUUAAGCAGCGCUGUGCUUCACCCAGUUGCUUGCACCUCAUGUUUCUUGUUCAGAGACAGUGGUUGUUAUGGUUAGGCGUUUCCACUCCUCAAACCAAUACAAGCCAUCAUCAAAAUUAUCAGUCCACUCAUCUUUUAUGGAGUGCACUGCUGCAGUUAUGUAGUUAUCUGCCAAACAGUCACUUGACCUGUCUUUUGCUUGACAUUUAUCUAUACAGAGAGAGAUCAUCCCAAAAUCUGAACGCGCCAAACUCUCUCUGAGAAAGCCAGCUGCAUUCACUGUGAGAUGACAUUGAUUCUCUCAGCAGCUUAAAAAUCAAAGCAAAAAACCUGCUGAAAGAUACUUAGUGCUGUGUGUUUGCAAUGCACUGCCCUAUGCUCAGGAUGUCUUACAACAGUGUGAUGUUUUUUUAUUGUGACCUGCCAAGAGUCAGCAGAUAUAAAUUGGCUCAAAGGUAACUAGCACAAUGCAUCAAAUGGUCAUAGCUAACUCCUUUAACUAAAGCGAUUGUUGUCAGUCAAAAUAUUAAAUCAGAAACAUGAGAAAGAAUACUCUGCAGUCAAGUUCUAAAGCGCAGCAUGUUAAGUUUCUUUACACUUUGUGCUUGUCCAAAACAGAGCAUAUGUGCACACACUGCAGGUUCAUUAUAAAAAAUCAGUAAAACAAGAAAGGGAGUGAAAGAUAAAGGCAGAGCUGGAGUCAAAAAAAAAAAACACAGUCUCUAUUACAGACGUGGAAAACUGACACAAAGAGUCCUGUCAGAUGAUUUUAGCCACCACAGGGUCUUUGGGGCUGUGUGAGUCAUUCUUUUACAGCCUUUUGUCCUGCCCUCAGGGCCGGAGUCAUGCUAAAAUUUAACUAACUGUGCUGAUGACAGCAGAAGGUUUGGCCUAAGCACUAAUGAAGCCCCAUGAAUUAGUGGUUAGUAAUACUGAGGCUUUGCUUUGGCUCUUACUUGCUUCAAUCAGCUGCUGCACCGCCGUCAGCACACACAGAUCAGAUAACACAGCCUCUUUGGCAGAUGUCACACAGGUGUUUGUUUACAGGACAUCUGGACUCCUGCGUCUUCAGUUACAUGAAUGUAUGUCUUCCAGCAUUUUCUACAGACUUUCAUGGGAAUGAUUACAGGUGCGGAGGAGAAAUUUGACAGCAGUUUCCAUUGUCACUGAAUCCUUGUGAUCCACCCCUGAAAUGGUGUAUAGCUAACAGAAAGGUUUAUGUUACCCCAACCACAAUGAAAGCUUAACCACCUCUUGUGGUAUCCAACCAUUCAGGUAGUUUUGGCUACCUGAAAAGUUGCCCAAUGCAACUUUAUACAAAAGACAUUGUUUUUUUUUUUGUUUGUUUGUCUUUUAAUGUGGGUGAAGUUACAUGUCAGUAGAGUGGAAGAAUGGUGGAUAAUAGGAGAUGGCUGACAAUUGGAAACAGUAGUCCCUGUCCCUGUAUUGUCACGUAGUAUCUGAGGACGUCUGAAUUUGUUGGUUUUAGUUUGCUUUGUACUGGGCCCAGAUGGUUAAUUGUCUCACCGCUGACUGUCUGCACUAAAAACAUCCAUGUGUGUGUCUCUCCCCUUCCUACAGUAUAAGGGACAGGCCAAUCUGCAUGUCUUUGAGGACUGGUGUGGCAGUUCUACCGCUGACCUCUUCAAGAACUUGCACUACCCACUGUAUCCACAUGUGAGUCAUCCGUACAUCUCCUACAUUUCCUACAUGUGCUAUAGGGAUCAAAGUAGUGCUGGAUGCGCUGUUUUGAUGUUUGAUACAGAACAAUCUCAUCAGUAAUUGAUUGGAUUGCCAUAAAGUUUUGCAUUUGUUAAAAUGUCUGAUUUGGUAUUGUGUCAAAUGUGCCUCUGCCACUGUUUUUUAGAUUGUGAAGCUCCGGGAUUAUCUUUUUUUUCUUCUGACAAAGGUGGCGAGGAAAAACUUUUAGCUAGCUAGUGCUGUGGCUAGGACCCUAUCAGUACUGUUGAUGAAGUUAGAUACUGUUCUGAGCAUUAUUUGUGGCUAUAGAGUGGCAGUUCCAUAGACCGCUGUGUAUUGCUAUCAUGCGGUCUUUACUAAAGUUGGUAUAACCAGAGAAGCAAGCGGUCGGCAACAUUCAUCUCUCGAGGGGGUGUCUAACUCGGUGUUACGAUGUGUUUGACCCUAGAUUAGUUUUUUGCCGGAAUAUCCCUUUAACAGGCAGAAACCUUGAGCAGAACUCGGCUCAUGUUAGAAGUCAUCUGCCAUUACUGCAUUGGGUUUAGAGAGGGGAUCGAGGGAGAUACAGUACAUACAGAUGUACAGUUACAACGCCAGACAUAAUUAAACAAGUAUGUGAACUAUUUACAGUAACUCUAUGCUGAUGUUAAUAAACUAAUAACAGGUCUUGUGUAAUAGCAGAGCACUGAUAGCCUGUUGAGUUGAGUAAUGAAGGUUGAAUUCGGACAGUUGAAGCAGAAAGAAUCAAAAAAGCUUGUAACAGUAAUGAAAAAUAGAGAGACUGGUGUUUCAAGGUUUCCAUUUCCUUUGUGCUUGUGAAGAUGCAGGUUAUCUCAAAAAGACUCUCAAAACUAAAUGUGGUCGCUCAGUCAUCACAGAACAUGCUACGUAAACCCAUGUCACCACAUGUCGUCCUGUUUAACUGUUUCCCGUGCGCUUCUGCAUUGUUGAACAGUCCAGUUUAUUAGUCAGUCAUGUUUGUUGACUUCAUUUUGAUACUUCCUCAGAGUGAGCGCACCUGCUAAGAAUCAGUCUGUGGUUUAGUCUGUGAGCAUGCUGAUGUGACAUUUUAACCCAGCUGCUCGCAGGAGGAAAACUCCUCGUCUUCAAAGUUUCUUCAUGUAAUAUGUAGUGUCUCAGAAUUACACCAAAGUUUUUCAAAAUGUGAUCAGUAAGUUGAAAAGUAAAAUAGGACUGGACUUUUUUGCAGAAAUCAGUGAUGCCUUUCAUACUUUUUUAAGAUAUUUGAUUUUAGUUUGAAAUUUUCUCUCGUGUCCUUUCACACCAAAAACCAAAAUCAUUCCAGCUUCGCUCUCACAUGUUUAUCUGUCAUUUGUUCAGAUAUUUUAAAACCUUAUGCAGUCACUGUUUAUCUGACCAAAAAGCACCUCAGUGUUUGAUGUUUCAAAGACAUUCUUGCACACACUGACACAAGCCUAAGCAAACACGCACACAAUGUUUUUUUUCACUAAGAGCUACAUUCUGCAUCCGAAUGCGAGAUCUCUGCACCCAUAGACUGAACUAGUCUCUCCCUGAAAAGGUCACUACUAAUUCUCUGUCUUUCUUUCUUCAUUUUCUAGUCCAGGAUCACAUUACAAAAGCUGGCUGUCUCUCCUCAGUGGACCAACUAUGGGCUCAGGAUUUUUGGUUACAUUCAUCCAUAUGCUGACGGUACGACAGGAGCUCUUUAAUCCUCUUCCUGUCUGUUAACUCACUGAGAACAUGUAAAACACCCUCUCCAAAUCUGUCUCUUCAUCUCUAUUUUUUUCUCCCUCUUAGGGGACUUUGUGUUUGCUUUGAGCUCUGAUGACAACUCUGAAUUCUGGCUCAGCACAGACGACUCACCAUUGAACUUGCAGUUGCUGGCAUGGGUUGGAAAGGUACACAUGUCUGUCAUCUUUUUGAAGCGUCUUGUUAACUACAUGAUCGUCUAAUAAAAUAAAGUCUCUUUUACUAGACGGGCAAAGAGUGGACAGCCCCCGGAGAAUUUGAGAAAUAUGCCAGUCAAAUCUCCAGACCAGUUUUGUGAGUACACACCUGACAACAUUUUACUGUCAAAUCAACCUGUAUGCAUGCAUGCAUGCAGGAGUUGACCUCUGUUCGAACUUGCUCUUUGCAUGACUGCAGAAUACUGUUGUGUUAUUACUUUAUGGCGUGAAAGAAAAGGAAUACAUACAAGUAAAUUUGCAUUUUAAAAAAGACGGGUCAUCAGCCUCUUUUUAGUUGUGAGCUUCACAUUUCUCAAGAGCUUUCCUUCUUCUUUAGGACUGUGUAGGUGUAAAACCAGACUCACCUGUGAUUACAAUCUGUCUAAAACUGUUGAAAUACUGGUUGGGUCACUGGUUUAUCAGCUCUCCUCUCUUUUUUCAGCAGAUGUCUCACCUCUUUUCACUCCUGUCAAGAGAUCAUUUUAACAACAAAGCUAAAAAAUCUCUUUUAAAGGGCCACUCCGAUCAUUUUUUUUACUACUUAAAGUGUUAUCAGUGGUCGUAGGAAAUCUCACUCAAUCUGAGUCUGCCGUUUGGGUCUACCAGAGACUCACAGUGAUUUGAACGAGAAAUACUCACACUUAUUUUUCUCAUGAUAUGUCCUGUAGCAUCAGAAAACUGCCAUAUGAACAAGCAGACAUCAAGAAAAAUAUGAUUUUCAUCAGAGUGCAUCUUUAAAAAAUCUGGACAUCAUCAAAAACCUUACAUCUUUACAAAUUACCCCCUUGCUUUGAGCAAUAAGUUAAUUAAGAGAACGACACGUUUUUGAGACAUUAACUAUCAAAUAUUAGAAUACAACACAAAGUUAUUGGAUGCUAUCCUGCAAAAAAUUUAUGGACAGUAACAGAUUUUUAACUAGUGUUUGGGUGCAAUCUAACAUUACUUGCUGAUCACCCCUCAGGUUGUUUUGCAUAUUCUCUUAAAUCAAUUCUGAGACUCAAAACUUGACACUACAUUGUUUGCCUGAAACUGCUGCUGUCGAGGAGGAGGAGGAGUGUGAUUUAUUUUUCUCCUCUUAUAAUGAGAGUAUCUAACAUUAAAGAUUGAAGACAUGCUGUAUUCACACUUGGAUGGCACUGGAAAACAUAAACAGUCUGACAGCAUGGUAGGGCGGCAGUUUAGUGAGCAACAUUAUCCAGGUCAGCUAGACUACAUGACUUCUCAUUUUAGUUUUUGCAGCACAAGUUAAAAUUGUUCUACUUUGAAGGGUAGUGGCUUUUGUUUCUACUGUCUUUAUUGUUUGUUGUUGGCAUUUAAAGUCUGUUUCCCGUUAAAAGAAGUGCAAAACUAGAUCACAGGAGUAUGAUGUUAAUCUCAUGAAACCUCUGUGCUAAUGACCCCAAGCAUAAGCAGGUCUAUGUGAAUGUUACAGGAAUCUGAAACCCAUCAUAAGGCUAUACGCUACUCAAAGCAUCAAUGCUGACACACUGGAAACCUGCGUCACACUGCGUGGGCAGUUUUAAGUGUAUGACAGGAAAAUUUCACAGCUGCAGAACUCUAGACCAGUUUGGUGAAUUGCCACAAGUUAAAGCUCAGGUGCUUCCGCGUGACUUUUAGAUUAUUUGUUUUGUGUAUAUUUUACAAAUAUGCGUCUCAACAGGAAGAUGUGUUACAGGAAAUACUCAAGGGGGAAAUAUUUAAAAUGUCUGAUCGGAGAUACUUUUAAAACAGUAAAUCUGUAAGAGAGAAACAUUAAAAAAACAGUAACAAACACACGCUGUACAGUACCAUGAGGCAUCAAGGUAGCAAACAACCAACAAUUGAUUAAAAGCAAUAUUGAUAUUGAUCACCAUUUAAAAGCAAAGGAAAAAUGCCUCUAAAAUUUGUGACUGCAAGGGGUGAUCAUGAUCAUCCAUGAGGGGAGCCAUCCCUAAACAAGCCUAAUGGACAACAAUGAUUCCCCCUCACACUCACUUUUAAAAGAUUUUUAUCAACACUUUUACUUACUUUUGAGUGUUGACAAUGUUUUUUUUUUUUUUGGUUUUGUUGUAAUUAAGUUGUCUUUUCAAUGUGAUGCAAAAAUUAUUUAUCUUUGGGGACAAUAGGUUGCUUUUUCGAAUUGCUCAGUGUUCACAACAAACUUUAAAAAGGAGGAAAAAGUGAAAGAAAUUGGUUUAAUCCUGUUCUGUCCACAUUCAAACUCUUGUUGAGCCUAAUUUGACUUCUGCUGUUGGAUAGGUUGUCUGCUGAGAGGAAGUACUUUUUUGAAGUUAUCCACAAGCAGAACGACAUAGGGACGGACCAUGUGGAGGUGGCAGUAAGUAGUUGAACUUCUUAAUUUCAGAACAAGUCCUUUCAUUCCCUCCGUUUUGUCAGAUCAGUGCUGAUGUUCUCGUAAAUUAUGAAAGUGUUCGAAUAAUGUCGUUGUUUAUGUUCACUUUCUCACACAGUGGCAGCUCCUGAACCAAGACAUAAGGUUCAUGGUUAUUGAAUCUCAUCACAUCUCUCUGUACGUUGGUAAGUACACAAAAACAAAUGCCUCAUUGCCCAAGACAUGACCUUGUGAAUCUUGAUAGGUGUAGAGCUCAGGGUAAAUCAUGUAGUCCUGGCCUGUUACCUUAUCAUGCAUUCUGCAAUGAUGCUUACGCUGCAAACAUGCCCGUGGUUUUUCUUGCGCAGUAAAUAUGCCAACGUUUCACUCAUGCAUAUGAUCUGUGGCUUCACCUCACAGAUGAGUCAGCACUUUUAAUGAGUGACAUCGAACACAUACCGCAGACGGCUGUGAGCCACCAACGCACCGCUACAAAACAUCACAGUGCCACAGCAGACAUGCUGAGAGAAGACGUGCGAGACUCUCUCUACAAAGGUGAGAAAGGUCUCUCUGUUGUCUGGCACAUGAAUCUCUCACCUGCUCCCUCCCUCUCAGGUACUUCUAGCUCCUCCUGGUGUAGGUGCAAAAUAAAGUAAUACAUGUGCUUUUUGUUUGUUUUUAGUACCGCUGAUGGACAGCAAGUACUUACAAGGUGUUCUGCCUGACUGCUUAUACAAACCCAGCUACAUAAUCAAAGACUUCCCUCUGAUGCGCUACCAAGGACUGCAGUUUGUAUGUAUUUAUGAUUUUUUUUUUUAAACCAUUUUCAUGUAAAGGUCUUAAUUCAAACAAUCCAAGGCUUAAAUGAGAGAGAAGGAGAACAAUACUUUUUCUCCUGUUUUAAGUGGCUCAUAUUGGUGAAGGAAAUUUUUCCAUUUCUCACAGUGCCCUUAUUUCCUCUGUUAUUAGCGGUAUCUUCCACCAGAAAUUCACCUUAUCUAAGUUUCUGGAAAUCUAGAAGGAUGUAUAAAGACACUCUAAAUGCCCUCAGCGUCACGGUGAGCCACUUUGUGGUUCUUUACUGGCAGUCACUGUGAGCCACGUUGUGGUGACUUCCUUGGUCUCUGGCAGUUUCCUUGCAAGAUAAGAGAGAAAUCAAGACUAGAGGAAGUCACUGACAGACUGAGUGGUUGCUGUGCACCUAACCACUAUAAAACCAAAGCACUUUACUUAACACUUUGACUUUUUAAGAAACUAAACAAGUCAUUGGUCUUUACAUUCAGAUCACAACAGGUCAGACGUUUUUGUUUUUAAAUGAAAAGUUUCUUUGAAUUAAGGCAGUUUUCAGUUUGGAUACUUAGUACUCUUGGUCAUUAAAUAUGCAACUUAAUCGCAGUAAAAAUGUUGAAGAUCUUAGUCUUUUUUUUCUUUAGGUCACUUAUAGUCAUAAGUUCAAACUUGAGCGUAAAAAUUUGGACCUGCCUCCAACAGAGAUUCAGGCAGUGUCUUUUACAUUCCUAAAAUGCGUCAUUCAUUCGCAUCGACUUGAUUCUUAUCCGUGGUACCAUAUUAUCAUCAUGCUAUCAGUUAGUGGCUCAUGCACCCCAGGGAAACUCUGUGUAGCAACUGCUUCCUUCAACAAAAGGCCACUGGGAGUUUUAAGUGCGCUUGCAUCUGUGACUCCUUUACUCACUCAAUCCACUUUCGUGUUUAAAGUGAUUUAUUAUUCAAAAAAAAAAAGGAGAAGAAAACUCACAGUCCAACACUGACCCAGGUCCAAACUUUUGCCUACAAAUGAAAGCUGGUAUGAUGAAAUGAGGGUAGAAGGUUGAGUAAAAAACGGUCAAUAGACAAUUAUCAGAGCUCACUAAAACCCAUUGUCUCCCAAACACCAUAAAACCACACCUCUCAGUGUCGAUCCCCAGAGACCUCAACAUAUACAUUUUGUCUAUUUUGGCAACAUCUCCCACUACUCUGAUAAGAAGACAGACCACUGCAGGAUGACUGAUGCCAUCCAGUCAGUGUAAAAUUCAGACAUGUAAUGAUAAUAAUAAUAACUUUAUGUAUAUAGCACCUUUAAAAACAGAAGUUUACAAAGUGCUUAGACAACAGUUGCAAGCACAGAACAUCAGCACAUGAAAAUAAAAACACAUAAAAACAAAAGCUCAGUUAAAAACAGGCCUCUGAAUUGUAGGCCUGUUUCAUUUUUUAAUAAUAAAAAAAAACAUUAAAAUCAAUGAAGGACCUGAGAGAUAAAAUAAGAAAAGAUUAUAAGUAAAACAAAGGCUAAUGUGUGUCUUCAUCUCCUCCCUUUGUAAGGUUAAGCCAUUUGUUGACUAAUUUACUGAUAAAACAGCAAAGGUCUCUCGGAUCAGUAUAGCUUACAGCAGUUCUUGUGUUGAUUUGAAGCAGACCCUUGUGGUCACGGAAAGUUUACUGGCUUUGUGUUAAUGUCUGUCACAUUUUCUCUUUCCGUCCCUCCUCUCCUUUGCUAACCUGGUGAAGAGUGCUAGAGGAAUCACAAUGUCACAAACCCUUUUUUUUUUAAGUUCUCUGAGAAAUAAACAGACUCAGCGUGAUGAGAACUGUAAUGACAAGGAGCAUGUUUGAGAAAAAAAAUACAUAUCACAUCUCUCUUGUUUUUCUAGUUGGACUCAUGUUUCAGUGUUGCUUUAUUCAUGUCUUGAAUUUACAACUAUUAGUCCUCAAUCUGUUGCACAACCUGCAAAUCAUGUUUUGUUCCCACUUAACCUUUACACGCUCUUGUUUUGAUACCCGAGGACUGGUGUUGGAUAACUCUCAUUAUACAAGAUCUCAUGAUUCAUCAUUGAGCUCUCAAUGUUAAAUCAGCAUAUUCACUUUUCGUCCCCAGGUGCAGAUGUCCUACAUCUACCCCAACGACUACACCCGCCUCACUCACAUGGAGACGGAGAACACCUGCUUCUAUCCGUACAGCCACUACUACAAGAAGAAGUGAGACCUUUAUGCAUAAACAUGACAAUGAAUAAAAGAUGCAAGUGUAGUAAGACUUACUGUGACAUUUGGCACGAUGUGAAAAUGCAUGCGGUAGUAGUUUAACCACUAUUCAAUGAUGUAACUCUAACUCUGCUGGGAAUCUUUGACAUUUUGGCAUAAAGAGUCCUAUCUUCAGUCUGAUAACACUAGGAACAUUAAUUUCUUCCUCAGCCUUGCUAAAAAUUGUGUUCAUGCUCUUUCUCCAGAUUUGGGUUUUCUAGAUACAUGAAAUUUGACCGUCCCAAAGAGGGUAAAACGUGCUUCUUUUUCUUUUAUGAAACAUAAAGUCACUUUGUUGUCGUAGAUACAUCCAUCACACUCUUUUUCUCUGUCUCUGAUUCUGGUGUGUGGUAGAUUAUGGUUUUCAGAGGAGGAAAUCAGUGCAAGAUGAAGAGGACAGGAAUAAUGAUGACAUCUAUAACCAAGAAAUGGGAGACAGACCAGGCCAGAUGGGUAACGCUCUUUUUCCAGACUAUGGUGAUGACUAUGACGACUAUGUCCAGAACCGCAGGCGCAGACUCUUUUCACUAGCCGACCAAGACAUUCACAAUGACUCUGAUACAAGACUUGGUGCGCGAAAGCCCCGGCCAGUGGCACCACAACCAGCAGAGCAACUUCAGGUAUUGCCAAAAAAAAACCUGCAUAUGCAACAGAACCUGACAGAGCUGAGACAUGAAGGCCAGAUUAAAAUAGCAAAAAAGGUGAAACGAAAAAGGAUCCCAAAACCAGCGAAGGGAGGGAAGCUCGGAUCAUUAAAGAAAUCUGUGAUACGGAUAAAUGUAACAACGACAACAGUGGACAGAGAGCAGCAUAAGGUAAAGAAACAACCAGGAGUCCGGUCAAAAAAGAUCAACCCUAAGCAGCUUCAGAUUCAGAAGUCUAGUACAGCUGCACAAAUCCAAAGAAUCAAAACUGCAAAACUCAGACCUGUAAAGAAGGACUCCUCUCAGCUUGGAAAACCCAAACAGGCCAAGCAGUUGGGACAUGUUACCAAAGAGAUGAAGUUCAAACCAGCCCCCACCAUCCCUGAAAGAGAGCACCCUUCAGAGAGGCUCAAUCAGAAAGACCCAGAUCACAGGAAACACCCCAGAGAUGAGAGAGAGAUCAACAUGCCUGAAGGACGAGAGGACUUUGAUAAUCACAUCCACAGGGACGAGGGAAUCACCAGAAUGAAAGAGGACACAAAGUGGAACAGAGAGGAGGACUUAGACUUUGCAGUUGUGGAUGACGAGGACCUCACACCUGCACCGGUGUUUGAUCCAGAGGUCUCCUGGAACCAGACCUUCACCAUGAGCAUCAUGGACCUUCAGGCACAGCGAUCAGAUCAGAUUGACCUGAGUUGCAAUGUUUCAGGCAACCUCCUGCUCCACUCCAGUGAUGCUCUGCCCAUGGCUGAGGCUUUCAUUCAGCAACUCAACAAAAAACACAACGGGUACGUACUUGUGUUUGUAUUAUCAGCCAGUGUGUAAGAACUUGUGUGUUUUUGUGGCAAGAAUGAGCUGCAGUUCAUUGAGAUAUUUUUUUCAUGAUAAAGGAUUAAAAAAAAAACAAUACUCUUGUUACUAUGAUGCUUGUGACUAAAAAAAAAUUGAGCUAUGGUAUGGUAAUUAUGAGAUAAAUUGUGAAACUUUUACACAUUUCCUAUAUUUCCUGACACUUUUGUGAUUGCAAACUCAAACUUUUGGGUAGUGGACUAACAGUUUGAUGAAAGAAGACGACUUGAUUCCCCUUUUUUCAUUCAUAAAUGACUAUAAAUAACCUUUAAGUCAGCAAAGUAAUUGACUUUAUAAUAAUAAUCACUGAAUAAUCAGGGAUUUUUAAUAUUGUUGGUCGCAACCCUAUUUUUGUCAACAGAGUAUGAACUCACCCUCUUAAACUGUUUGAUGUGAAAAAACUUCCACUACUUUAAAAAAGUUAUCUACAUGAUAGUUAUUGGGCUCUAUUUUCGUUCGCGCCGGUGAGGCGGCGGAGGGCGGCGAGCCCCGCGCAGUUGUAUUUUCGUCUGGCAGAGCCCGGCGUAAGGCGAGUUUGGUAUUUUCGUGGACUGAGUCGCACGGAGGCGAGCCGAGAUCCGCCAAGCUGGGCGUGGUGGCGUGGCAGGGGGAGGUGUUGACAGAAUCAGCUGGCGCAGUGACAUUUUCGUGCUCGCCACCGGCGUGUAACGUGCGCUGAAAGCUCGCCGAUUCAAACCUGGUCAGCUUUCAGCGCAAGGCGGAACGCAGCUGGUCUAGUAGUAUUUUGGUAGACCGGCGGCGUAUCAACAUACGUCACUGAUGCCUCACCGGCAGGUUUCCACAGUGUCAGGCAGAUUUCGGUGCAAUAAAUAAUCAUCAUCAACUAUUAAUCUGAGUCAGCACAUACAUUUAGAUCUAUAUCGAUAUAUUCUGAUCUAUAUCUGAUCUGAUGAGCGCGUUUGGCACGCGUUUGGGCACACAACCUGACCGAAUCAAUACAGCUGAAACUGCAUCAAAUUAAAUUAAAUAUCUAGUAAAUAAACACACAUGAUGAAGUUAACAAGAUACGUAAUAUGUCUCCCUCCUUUUCUUUCUUCCUCUUAUUUCUCGCACAGUUCGACCUGGACACGUCUCCGUGUCCUCUGUCCGUCUUGCUGCUGCUGCAGCUGAACAGAUGAUUUGUUUCAGUGCUCAGAUGCGUUAUCUACUUUAAGCCGACACACGGAUAUUUUGAUAUUUAGUUUUGUGGGCCAAAUUUAGUUUAUAUGCCAACAUCUAUGAAAGAAAGAGCCAGGCCACGGAGCGCGAUGCGUCAUUUACGCACAGAUGGUUCCGAUUUUAAUGCCAUUUUUGGAGUUUAUGUUGUGAUCUGUGCGCUAAACCCACCUUUGUCACGUGAGGUUUGAAUAUAUGCAACUUUAUGUGAGUGUCUUUUUUGUGGAAAAGGGUGUUUGUCUUACCAGUGGGUCCAACAUUACGCACACCAAAUCCAUCUGUGCUCAGAUGAGAGAGUGUGGAGGACACUUGUUGAGGAGCUGCCCUCUGUCGUCAUCUUGUGGCAUAACUGUCUUCAGACAUCUCUUGAUCUCUUUGACUACUUCAUGAAAAUAGUAAUACGCCUCGCCGGUGGCGGAUUUAAAGGCAAGGAGAGGAGCUUAUGUGAUUGGUGAAAACAGGUCUCGGCUGUGUUAAACUCACUACAUGCUCUCUCCUCCCCGUCUAUGAUUUAUGCUGCCGGGAGGAGCUGAGUUAGGGAGGGGGGAUACUUACGCCGGGCUGCGCGGCUCACCAAAAUACCAAAAUGUGCUUGGGAACGCCUUGUCAGCGCGGCGGAUCUGAUUGACGCUGCGCUUGCGGCACGUCUCCGGCGAGGCACCAAAAUAGAGCCCUUAAAGUGUGUUCACCAUGUUCCUGAUAUUCUGUCUGAACUUGCAGGAGGUUUACUUUGGUACGGGUUGUCAACGUGGUGAAGAGAGUGGAUGGGAUCCAAGGUAGCCGCUACCUCCUGGAGCUGGAGCUGAUGGAUGCGGACGGCCAGCUACUGCGCGUGUCACACUACAUCUACGCCCUGAUUCACCGAAAUAGGCGGUACAGAGACAACUUCAGUUUCCAUCAGGCGAAACCGCAGCUGGUGCUGUGCAACCCAGUGGGCUUUCACUGGAACCCUGCAGCAACCGUUCACUUUAUAGUCCCAGGUACACCUCAUCACAGCCAUUUCAUUUUUCUCCAAAGCAAUUCUUUCUCAUAUUUUUUUCUCAGUUUUGUGUAGAACCUUUUUUUGUUUUACUAUUGUGUUUUCAAGAACAUUUGACAAGCUCCUCAGGCUUCAACCUUGGAGAAGUUGUGCUUUAUUUCACUUCAUAUGUUAUUUUCAAGCAUUUUAGAAAGUAUCAUAAGGGGAACACCAGUAAACACCAUGAGAAAAUUAGCAGCUACUCUGUCUUGAUCUGAACUUGCAGCAAAAUAUAGACAAAGAUAAAAAGUCAGAUGUUUACUCGAAGACCAGAUUCACACUUAGCAUUGCACUGCACAUCAUCUGUUAGCAGCUCUAUCUGAUUCAAUCUGAUAAGAAAUGUUCUUAUAUAAACACUGACAUGCAGUUAUUGUAGAGAAUUCUGUUUUUACAAGUUUAUUUUUGGGCUUUUAUUCCUUGAUCGAAUGAUAGAUAAAGAAACUUGGAAGAAAGGCUUAAAAAACGCAUGUUCUUUGGGAUCUAACUCAGCCUGAAGUACCAUAGCCACUGUACUCCGACUCUGCACAAUUAAACCAAACUCACACACCACAAGUACAGGUCUCCUUUGAGUUUUGUGUAUUGAUGCAUUACCAAACAUCCCCCUCAGUGAAAAACCAGGCUCGCUGGGUGCUGCAGCUGAUAUCUGACAUGGAACAGCUGUUCAUAGAAACUGGAGACACCAACUUCAAUCUCAUCAUCGCAGACUACAGCAGCACUGACAUGGAUGUGAAGAGGGCCCUGCAGAAAUCCAAACUCAUCAGGUGGCGGUUUGUUUACUUCACUUUUAAGCUGAACUUGUAGGGCUUGUCAAACAGGAUAUGUGUGUCCUCAAACUAUGUUUGUGGGGUUUAUCAGGUACCAGUAUGUUAAGCUGGGAGGAAACUUUGAGCGCUCUGCUGGUCUGCAAGCAGGUAUCAGCCUCAUAGAUGUGAGUACAGCAACGUCAGCCAGCAAUGCAGAGUUGAGAUGAAGUAUUUGACGAUGAGGAGACUGUAUCAAUAAAACUCUUUCCCUCCUCUUUACCCCUCAGGAUGACCACAGUAUUGUGUUUCUUUGUGACCUUCACAUUCACUUCCCUCCCUCCAUCAUCAACACCAUCAGGAAGCACUGUGUGGAGGGAUACAUGGCCUUUGCUCCUAUUGUGAUGCGGCUGAACUGCGGAUCCACUCCCUCUGAGGCCAAAGGUAAACACUUCCACCAAUUUGGUUUAGUCCAAAGCUGAAAACCAACACUGGACACGCCUGAUCUUCAGACGCUCAACAGUUUAACACUGCAUACACAAAUGCAAGGCGAAACUCUCCACUCUUGAACACCCUGCUUUUGUUUAAAUCAGAACAUUUUACUUCAAAACAAUUUAAGCUUGUAAAUGAUGCGGAACAGAGAAACUCUCAAAAUUGUUGGUGAAAAAGAAGAUUCACCGCAAAGACACACAAUAUAAGGAAGUGCAAGUGCCAAGUGCUUUAAAGAUUCCUCCUUUUGUCAAAGUGACAUGUGAGUUAUCUUUAAAGGAAAAUCUACUCAUUCAUCUUCAUUCCUUGUCUUUGCAUUAACAUGCUGGAUUAAGAGUAAAGCCCCUGCAGACACACACACGAGACAAUGAAGUAUGCUGACAGACUGUGCAAACCAUUGAAAAUUCUCUCUGCAGGUUACAACUGUUGUAGCACACAUGCUUGGAUAAGUUCAUGCCGGGUUGCAUACUGCUGCAGACAUAGAUGAAUGAAGACAGAUGAGAUCUUAACACACUCGCAGUGGUUAUGAUAGGAGAUGCACUCAGUCAGAGAGUCACCAAGAAGAAGCAUAAAGAGAGGCAGAACAAUCUAAUCUGAAAAGCUUGAAAUGAAUUUAGCCAUUAAACUAUGACAGAAAGGUUUUUAAAGAAGUGUGUACUUGAAUGUGUUUGCUAUGUGUUUCAGGAUACUGGGAGGUCAAUGGCUUUGGCUUACUGGGCAUUUAUAAGUCAGAUCUGGAUGCAGUGGGAGGAAUGAACACCAAAGACUAUAAAAACCGCUGGGGAGGAGAAGACUGGGAGCUUCUUGACAGGUGUGUCCCUUACUUUCUUAACAUCACUUGAUAAGCUGAAUUGCCCAUUUGUUUGCAUUUGAUAUCAAAAGCAAAUGGAGAAAAAAUGUCUCCUGUCUAUUACUAAGAUGACACCAACUGCACAUACACUGUCACGUAUUGUCUCAGAUAGGUCCAUGCUUGUUCAUGUCAAUGACUGUUAUAGGAGAUAACUGAAGCAGAUUUAGAUAAAGAAAGAAAAACAGUUUGAAAGGAACAGAGAUAAAGCACACAACAUGAUAAAAUUGAAUAAAACCUUUAAAGACAAAUCUUAGAGCAGGUGCAUCAGACGCGGCUGCAAACAGCUUUAGUCGUUUUAAGGUGCAAGGUGGCCAGUGUUCAGCUUAUAGUCUUGUAUGUUCAUGAGUGGUUUUAAAGCAGGACGCACAAGGCCUAAUACAAGUGUGGUUUCUGAAGCAUUACACCUUAAUGCAAAAGAGGAAAUGUACAAAAUCAUACAAAUUUCUUAUUCUUGUCAAGUAUUUUUUGUGACACAUGAAAUACAAAAUAAUGCUUCUAAGCUCUCAUAAAUUUGUUAUAGAAACACACAAAGUUCAUAAAAAGUGUUUCUGAAAAAAAAACUCUCGCUUUGAAGUCUGACAGAUUUGGACUCACUGCAUUUAAAGUCUAAACCUUCCUCUGGUCUCUGUUGCAGGAUCCUUCAAGGGGGAUUGGAAGUGGAGAGGAUCUACUUGAGGAACUUCUUCCAUCACUUUCACUCCAAACGUGGCAUGUGGGACCGGCAGACAAUUCCUAGCCACAGGUGACCUUGUUACCCACUGCCCUGCCAUAACCAGGGUCGCCAUGGUUACAACCAUCAAGGCUACCGGAGCACCUUAAGAGCUUAAGCUGCAGCAAGCUGAAGCUAGUUGCUGAGGAGACACGUCUGAUAUCAUCAGAGUUGAUUUAACUGGAUGUACUGUUGACUACUAAAAGGGUACUGGUCUGACCGUCACGACCGCAAAAUCUUGCAUAUGAAGAUACUGCUGAGCACCAUGUUGCUGACAAACUGACACCAUGACAAACUGCACUACUGUCCUUGACCUAAGACAGAACAUUAUUUGUUUGACGAUUCACACUCCAAGGAAACAUACAAGUGUCCUACAACACUGAGAUUACAAGUCUUGCACAUGAGUCUUAACUAGAGAAGAGAUUGUUCUAUUUUCUGCAAAAUCAAAACUGUAUUUAACUGCCAUUUGUAUAUGUAGUCAGCUUUAUUUGUUAUGUUGUAAAUUAUCUUUUAAAAAGUUAUAUUUAUUAAAUCAAUGUUUGUAAAACUUUUUAACCUCUGUUUACAUGUCAAGUGCCCUUUUCUGAUUGUUUGCAUAAUUAUUGUGCCGUCUGUUGCAAUUGUCAUUCAGGUACUGGGGCCACAUGGGUCUGUUUUUACACACAAGACAAGGAAAUGCUUUUAACUGGAAAGCUAUAUGAAUAUUGAAGUCAUUUACAUGAUUGUAAAAUCAAGAUUUAUCAGGGAAGGACGGAUGGACAAUAUCAAAAACGGGCACAUUGGUUUUUGUGUUGCCCUACACAUCAGGUACUUUAAAAACUGUUUAUUUUGGUCAAGUAUCAGUAACACUGAUGAAUAUAAAAAAUAAUGCAUUUCCUGAUUUUGCUUGUUUUUGUUACUCUGCAGUCAACCAAAGAUGUUAGCUGAAAGUUGAGUAGAAUGAUAUUGUUAGGUUCUACAAGCUUUUUUCUACAUGAGAGACCAUUUAAAAUCAACCUGCUGAACUUUUUCACACCAUGAUAGUUUUGAGGAUCUCUAUUUUUGUCAGUUUAUAAAGCUUUCCGCCUGAACAUCAGGAAAUAUUGUAUGUAUGUCUACAAGCUGGAAUUGUGACAGGAGAAAAAUGAUCUUGUGUGUUUUGUCACAUUGUUAUUUAAGACAAGAUUUAUGGCAGCAUUUUCUCAUGCUUCACAUUCCUGUUGAAGUCAGUGUGCCUUUUCUUCUCUUUUUUUUUACUGAUGCCUGUCGGGUUUGGGUUAGACUCCUCAUUUAGGGAAAUUAAAACAUCAAAACUUUGGUUUUAUGCCAAAAAAUGCUAUCAGGAUUUUUUUUUCUGGGUGGGGGGGUUAUGUCCCUAAAGCGUUUGAAAUGUGGUCUCUAGUUUGGCUAACAUGUUUUUUGUGUCUGUCUUUCUGUCCUUUUACACACUUGUUUACCUCAUCCCUCUCUUAGUGCUGGGAGUUAAGCUUUUUAUACAGUUCAAAAGUCUCUUCACUCAGGGACAGUUUUGUGUUUUCAUUUUUCACUGCUUUGGAAAAUUCAGAAUAAAUUUUUCUGUCUCAUACUUCAUUUAACGGAGUGCUUUUUAAUUGUUUUCACGACUUCCAAAUAGACUAACACAUACAUCAAAACUCCUCCCAACUUUACAAAACGGAGUCAUCUUAUCAAAUGUGAAUCCAUAAACGUUAAAUAACAAAAUAGCAAAACAUGCAUACAAGUAUUUGACCCUACCCCAUCUUGCAGUAGCAGCUUUUUGUAUUUUUAUAUCACUGUAGCCUGAUUUAAAUCUUGAAAUUAGGACAUUUGUCAAAUCUGAAUCAAGUCGAUUUUUUUCCUUUAGUGUACAUGGACUCAUGACAACGCCCGCUGUUGUCCCUGUGACAAUGACACAGGAGGGUGUGGUGUUGUGCUGUGGGAUGGGAAAUAGGGCCUUUUUGAAUCUUAUUCAUAUCCAACACACCUUAAGCAUACACAGGGACCAGAAAGCACACAUUCCUCUCCUGUGCAUGUGGCUUUUUUCAUGAAGCCUAGCAGUAAUCAAAAAAACUAUAUUACUAUAUCUUUCCAAUGACAUUCAUUUAAUCCUGCAUUUAGGCACAUCCGUCAUUUUGCUUCUAAGCUUAUACUUAAAUCGUGAAGUUCUAAUACAGUUCAGUCCAGAAUAUCAUGCAACUCAGUUAAUCACAGAACUUAUAAUUCUGGAAGAAAUGGGAGAGAUGUUGCAAGGUAAAAAAAAAAAAAACGAUAACCCAUUAGCUAGCAAAAGACAUCAGCAAACAUUAGCUACUUUCUAGCAAACAUUACUUUUUACUUAAAUUUAACUCCUUUCAUAUCUUUUUGUGUUUCAUUAUUCGACAGCAGUAUCAACUUUCAGCUGCUCCUCAAGCAACUAUACUCAGCAUUCAUCCUGAUAUGUCUAAUUCAGAAUAUGUAUAUGAUUUCCAAUUAUGGUGAUCAUGUUAGCAACAUACUAAAUCACCAUUACAAAAGCAGUUGUUAUUAGAGCAUGGUCAGUGGUGUCCUGCAGUCUUGGUAGUGCUACAACAGGACAACGCAGCUCCCAUAUGAACGUGAAUUCAAACUUCUGAUGAUACCAGAUUUCAGGCAGAUAACUUUUUACUGAUCGCUGGCAUUCCACAUUAAGAAAGACAAAAGAAAUAGGCAAUAGAUGAACAACUGUGGUUCACUGGAUAGUUCCCAAUUCAACACUGCACAGAGAGAAUUACAGUCUGACUGUACACUGGCACAAACUAUAUUUGCACAGAUGCUCACAAGGGCUCGUAAAUUCUCCACAGGCUGCUGAUUCCGUCCCGACCACUCCAUUAUGUCAGCCCAAGGACAUUCAGUGGUGUGUGUGACAGUGUUUACUGUUUAUUAUUCAAGAGGAAUUCAUUCCAGUCCAGAAGAAAGGCUAAGUAUAUCCUGCCUCUGACAAAGAACAUUGCCUGUGAUCUGAGUGUAAGUCAAUGGCAUAGUUUAGCAGAGACAGUAUACAUAAAAUAGCAGCAACGAUAUCCUUUUUGUAACAAUGGAGGGCAAAGUAGUGUAUAUAUGUAUAUAUUUAUAUAUUAUAAAGGCCACAAGCUGAAAUGCGUCGAUCUAAAAAAGGUGUUGCUGGGGCUCUUUUGAUCUUUUUAAGAUCUUAUCUAUUCAAGCACCUUGGAAGUUGGUGAAGUUGUGCCAGAACUUCUGACCUUUGAAAGCCAAUGAUAUUUACACAAAUUUGUUGUACUUUUUUAAACUACAGCAUUAUCAGGUGGUAAUAUCAUAUGAUUACAUAAUGAUUCAAAUAAAUAGCCUACUUGCAGACAGGUUUACAGCAGUUUGUGUUAUUAUACCACCAAAAUGAGAGCAGUUUUUAGACACAGAAAAAUGUUUAACAAAUAGUUCAUUUCAGACAAAGCCACUGUUGUGAGGCAAAUCUUCUCUCUAUAUCAGUGCUGAGAUUCAUCAAGCUCAGUCUAAAUGCUAUUUUUUAUUCAGGAAGUCCUUAUUUUCCCCUUUUUUUCAUUUUAUGUGACACUUGGUACUUGUUUUAAAGUGUUUACUUAUACAAUACUUAACCCUGUAACUUUAUGCAUCAAACAUCUUCUUCCUGCCCUUCAUAUCAGUCAUGGCCUCCACGUUCUUACGCCAGUCCCCAACCUCCAUGUUCAGCUCCUAAAGAUGAGACAAACACAAAUAUUAAAGUUUGUGCGUUUGCAUUUUUUUUUAAAUAUUUGUAAAUAUAUUUCUUCUGCAAAAGCUGUACCUUCUCUUGUUUGAUGUCCUCUUUCUUCACAGAUUUAAGGUUUCCCCUCAGAUCCAUGGAUUCUUUGGUUUUGCAGCUAAAGAGAGCUCUCAUCAUCUCAUCUGCAGAAACUCUCACUUUUCUCAGAGCUGGCUUCUUGAACUUCCCACCAAGGUCCCUCACUUUUAAAUUCAGCUCAUUGAUCUAGAGAAGUGAAAACUCAGUUGGUAACUUUUGAUAAUGAAUAACUCUCCAUUUUUCAUUGUACAUUUCUGCACAUUUAAAAAAAAAAAAGUUGUCUGGGCCACGGCAUACAUCUCUGAAGUUCUUGAUGACUUUGGCUUCACAGUCGUAACGCUCCUCAUCCACCAUAUCAAUCUGUGAGUGCAUCUGCUUACACACAUUCUAGAAAACAAAAAACAUCAUGAAUGCCAUAUGGUUUUGUUAUAAGGUCAUGGCCAUCCCUGCUUUUCUGGUCUGAGUUUAUUUUUCUUCCUACCUGCAAUUCAUCCACAUUUAAGCCGGUGAGCUGCAGGGGUGGAAGUUUUUCCCCCAGAUAGCGAACCUUCUCUUCCUCUCUUGCAACCUUCUCUGCCUCUAGCUCUUCUGUUGCACGAGCCAGCAGGAGGAUCUGAUGAAGUCCAAGAGAUCAAAGAGAAAAGCAGUGCAGGGUUAGUGGUUCAAUAAUCCUUAAAUCAAUUCAGCAGUAUUCAGGAAAAAAAGUUAACAAGUUAACCAAGUGCGUUUAAGUUCAUAAGUGUGUAUAUGUGUAUAUUUAGAAUGUUCUCAUCAAGUUACCUUCAACGAAAGCUUGCGUGAGGCUGAAAUCUUGCAUUUUGGCUGGAAUCAUACAAAAUACACGUUAUUCAUCUUUUAACAUGAAGCAAAAAUAAUAAUGAUAAUAAAUCAUAAUACGUUGAUAGAUAAAUCGCUAGUUUUAUCUAAAAUAUAAAACAUGUAAAAGUUCUUGCCCAGCUGUGCCCAGUUUGCCUAAGGAAACAAAGAUAUGCAGAGCCUGGAAUCACACCACCCAUCUUCACAUUAGUGAAAAAACCUGCUUACUUGGUCACAGCCCCCAUAUGUUCUCAUUUUAUCUUUCCAUUUCAUCAUUAACAAACAGAUACUGCGAUGCCCACAUCCCCACUCUGAUGCUGAACAACACAUUCCAACAAACAUCGGGAACUCUAGGUGCUACAAAACCAAAGAAUCAGCAUAUUCAUCAAAUUCUAAUUUAAAAAAAUAAAGCAGAAAGAUGUUAAUAUGAAUUAUUCUCCCUCAGGAUAGCUGUUGACCUUGGUAAACAGCUGCUUUCAUUCCUAUGCAAGCACAAGCUGCCAUAAUAAAGGUUUUAUUUCACAUUUUCAAUUUAAACAAGUGUACCUUUACUUACCUUUGGUACUAUCUUGUUGCCCGAGGGUGGUGGUGUGUACUAGGUAGAGAUAAAUGAAGACAAUGCAUUUUAAAUACAUUUCACACUAAACUUGAAUUGAUUUUACAUGUUUUAUUUGGUUCAGAUAAAGUUUAAAGACAUAUAGGCAGUGACUUACAUCACUGAGAUGGCAUGUUGAGGUUGUUGGACCAAAGAAAUUGAAAAUACAUAAACCAGUAAAAGAUAAUGUGAUUAUUCUGAGACAAAAAAAGCUCCUUCACAGUCCAGAUAAAUGAUGAUGACAGAACUUACUCAUCAGACAUUGCUCAGCCUUGAAGAAAGAAACAAAAGAGAAAAAGAGAGAAAAUAGUCCAGUGUUAAACAGGAAACUACACCAACAGUUGAAUAUCCAUCAAAUGAUAAGAAAUUAAAAGAGGAAUAAAUAACCUGCCGAUUAGGAUUUAUACUUGCCCAACAACAAAUAUCGUCUAUUAACGAAAUGUGUCCCUCCCUUACAACGACGUCGUGUCCCUCCUUAUGUUGUAGGAGACUCUAUAGUUGGCUGUUAGAAAGACAUGUGUAGGUUAUGUUAUGUAGACAUAGUGCGACAUUGUCUUUUCAAGCGUCUCUAAGAGCUGAAUUUAUGGCUCCGCCCACCACUCAGUGAAAAAUUAUUGGACGGUCAUUGGGAUUUACGGCCAAAGCCCUGCGCGUGAGCUCAAUAAGUCUGUCCUGUCUGCUAAUAUUAACGUCUCAGCUGGAUGUGCUGAAGGCCUCUGAAUAUAACUGAGGCUGACAUUGUUCUUAGUGUAUUUUGAAAAAAUAAAAAUAAAUAAAUAUAUUAAUUAAUUAAUUAAUA